AUCCGACCGUGAUAGCGCUCAGUUAAGAGACCGAAGAAGACGCAGCCAAGGAGGCGUAAAGUGGAACAUUUCCCUACAACUUGUACCUUUUGUUGGACUAUACUGGGACCACCGAAGAAGUCUUGCCUACCGGAAGACACGGAACUCUCCCGCGUUGGUUUUAAAAUAGCUCCCAAGCUAACGGUCAACGGUUUUCUUUCCCGAAACUUUAACGCUAGCUUCCUAAAAGAGAGAAAGGACAACCAUGCUCAGCCUCUGCCUCGUGUUGAUUUUAUCCACCUCCGUUUUCUCAGAGUCGGCGAGGGAGACGGAGACGUGGGUGCCCAUGAAGACCACGCAGACGGUCGCCAUGUCGACGCGACACGGCGAUCUCGAGUCGUCGGGAGCCUCGGAGAACGGGUCUGACUUCGGCUUCACGGACGCCGAGGAGGACGAGGACACGGACGAGGACAGCGACUACUACACGGAGACGCUGUACGACGACGAGGACGAGUACGACGGCUUCUCGGGAUCCGGGGACGGAGCAACGACUGUGUCUCCUGUAACGGAGUCCGAGCCCUCAGCUAAGGCCGACGUCGACGACGACAACAACGACCUCCCGGAGGCGGAGCGCCCGGCGCGGCCCACCGUCGACCAGCUGGACGUGGUGCGGCAGAGCAACGAGAUCCCUCGGCUGUCCAACGAGGCGCCGCCGCCCGGCGAGGACCAGCCGUCCAACGUCCUCAUGGCCCACGCCGCGGAGGACAGCAUCUUCAACAAGACGGAGGUCCUCGCAGCUCUGAUCGCGGGCGGCGCCGUCGGCCUGAUGUUCGCCGUCCUCCUCGUCCUCCUGCUCAUCUACCGCAUGAAGAAGAAGGACGAGGGCAGCUACGACCUGGGGAAGAAACCCAUCUACAAGAAGGCCCCCACCACGGAGAUCUACGCGUAGACCCUCGUGUCACCCCCAGCCAACACACACACACACACACACACACACACACACACACACACACACACACACACACACACACUAGGCCUCAAGAUAUAAGGACAAUAUGCUAUAACCUUG